UUAAGUUUAUAGAUUUCUAGUUUCAAAACUUUCAUACAAAUUAACUUGUUGACAUAUUUCCUAAAUUUAAAAUGUCCGAUCUCUGGAACGAAUUUGAAUUAAAAAAGCCUCCUCAACUCACAGUGACUGUUCCAAAUAAGAAUACACCAAGUGUUCGUCGUUUGCAGACGGCAAUUCAACAAUAUUUUCGACGACAUCGUCCACAAGAAGUUGAAUUCGCCGAGACAUCUGCUCUGUUGGGAAGAUUAAUGGCACGUCGAAAGAAUUCAUUUCAUGGCAUGAUGGGGUUUCGAGCGGUUGCAAAAUGUAAUGCUGCUACAUGUCGACUGCUUCGCAUUGAUAUCACGCGAGAACUUGAGCUUUUUCACGGAUCUUUGCCUGAUUUCGUGCUCAACUCCGCCGAAACGGUAGAGAUGCCAACACAAAAUAACUUCGAUUAUGUCCUAAUACGUUUACUCAAUACUCAUGGGGUGUAUGGGCGCAUUCGCGAGUGUUGCCUACAAGCUGCUGAAUACUUCGCCAAAUUGAUUCGUAAUAACUUCUUUAUGGAUACAAUCAUACUUCUAUUGGCAGUGCUAGGAAAACUAUAUAGCCUGAGCGCAUUAUUGGGUAAUAAGUGUGUUGAACUUUACAAUCAAUUGCGACCGAUGCGCGAGAAAUUUCCACUAUCAGAAAAAAGUGUGCAGUAUGAUAUAAAUAUGCCGGAGAAAUUGGAAAAUUUCUCAGAAAACAAAACAAUGGAUGUACCUAAUGCAGAGAGUACCUUCGUAAACAGUCCAACAACAAAUCUGCAGAUACUAGUUCGACCUUUGAAGCCGAUGAAAGGGCGAAAAUCCCUUGAUGUAGGCACAGAGGUGUCCAGACCUACUAAUCCCUCAACACAAACGAAAACUUUCAAUGCCGAUGUAGAAUUAGCAAAUGUUGAAACGACGAAACGCUUURUCGUAAGAGAAAAUGUAUCACGGAAACUGUCUCUAAAACAGAGCAUAACUAAAGAUAUAUUGCCUCAUGAGUGGAUUGGAGCGACGCGUCUAUUCCAAAAGAAAUUAUUGGCAAAUGAUCACAAAAAAGCUUUAAGCAUAUUUAGAAAAUUUAUUGUAAACAAAAUUUCAUAACAUAUGUAUACAUAUUUCAAACAAAUUUACCGCAUACAGUGGACGAAAUAGUCGCAAUCACUUUAUGAUUUUGUGGACGAAAUUUCUGCAAAUAAUUUCUGUUAUAAACAUGUGCAUAAUAAAAUGUUGUAUAAAAAAAGUCGU